AUGGAAUGGGGUGCUGUGAUUGGCGUGCACACAGGAACGGGGCGCGUUCCGUUCGACAACUCAGUACUUCGGGCUGACCGGCCAAGACGCCUGUGCGACGACUCUCAGUGCAAAUCCCCGAGGCUGCCGACAUCACAGGCCGGCUGCGAAUGCCCUCACUUGCACACAGCAACUCGAGCCUGCAGGUACAGGCGUUGGUCACAAGCUGCUGUCAUCAAAGGCCGGUUUCGAAUGCCCUCAUGCGCCCACAGCAACGCGGGCCUGCCGGCACAAGCUACAGUCACAGGCUGUUGUCAAAAGCUGCUCCCACAACCUGCAGUCAGCAAAUGCCGGUUACGAAUGCCCUCACUUAAACACAGCAUCUGGAGACGGCCGGCACAGGCUGCUGUAACAAGCUGCCGUUAUCACAGGUCGGGUGAAAAUGCCCUUGCCUACCCUAGGCCACUGAGGCCUGCCUGCACACGCUGCAGUCAGAAGCUGCUGUUGGAAGCUGCCGGCACGCGCUGCCGUUGUCACAGGCCGGCUGCGAAUCCCCUCACCCGCACACAGCAACUCGAGCCCGCCGGCACAAGCUGCAGUCACAAGCUGCUGUUGGAAGUUGCCGUUGUCACAGGCCGGCUGCGAAUGCCCUCACUUACACACAGCAACUCGAGACUACCGGCCAAGCUGCUGUCAUCAAAGGCCGGCUACGAAUGCCCUCGCUCGCACACAGCAACUCGAGCCCGCCGGCACAAGCUGCAGCCGUUCCAAACUGCCGUUGUCAAAGGCAGGCUUCAAAUGCGCCCACUUACACAACGCGACUCGAGACUGCCGGCACAGGCGUUGGUCACAAGCUGGUGUUAUCAAGGGCCGGCUGCGAAUGCCCUCACUCGCACACAGCAACUCGAGCCUGCCGGCACACGUUGCUGUCAUCAAAGGCCGGCUGCAGAUGAUAUUGGCCGACCUUAUGGGGCCGCCCGCGCCUCUGCGCCCCGGCGUCCCCGCAAACCGGGCCCCACAACCUUAAUUUGA